AUGUCAACUGAAGACAUUUACUGGAAAGAAGAUGUCUCAAAGAAAUCGCCACAAUAUCACCAUCGGUAUGCCAGCAUGGAGCAUAAACUCUUCGGCAAGCGAGGCAUCUGUGCACGCGUCGUUGAGGAUCCCGACAAUCAAAUCACAAAAAGUGAGUUGAAGCGUUUGCGAGACGGCGGAGAAGUCGGAUAUUCGUUAAACAAGCAAAAACGAUGGGAGUGGUUUGUGCCCGAGGUUUUACUACACGAGGAAGAGUUUCACGAUCAGACACAAGUCUACUUCAGAGAAGAAUCUGUUGAUACGAACAUUUGGGGUUAUUUCCAACGAGUCAAGAAGCUUCAUUAUUUGGAUCAUUCAAAAGAUGAAGUGAAAAGCAUUCAAUUGGGAGGAGCUCAGAAUACUCGAGAUGCCCGAAUGCAACUUUCUGGCGUGUUUGAAGGGUCAAAGAAAGACGCGAAAGGGAAUGAAAUCGAAAAAGUGCCAGCUUUAUCCCGGGUUUCAUAUGUGCGACGAACUUGUCUUCCAUUGAGGCAACUUCCCGUCAAAAGACUCUCUCGACACAUCAAAUGGAAGAAGUGUCGAUGGUACACCGAGAAAAAGGAAUUAUCCUAUGAGAUUGAAGAUCUAGACGAUUUGGAUGGAUCCGAUUUUGAGGAUCAUUAUUACUAUGAUUGGGUGGAUCCAACGGAAAAGCGAUCAACUACUUUGCAUUCGUUGGUGGAUUAUGUUAAAGAAACAAAGAACAACGAUAAAAAGAAGAAAAAGAAAAGAACCGAGUCGCCUCUUGAGGAAAACUCUUGGGAAAUCGUUUCCUUGGCUAGCGCUUCUGGCUCAUUGAUCUCCGAUCUUAAUGAAGAUAUCGAAUUUGUUGAAGAACAAGAAAAUCAACUUGACUACCCGAAAGCCAUGAAACUGUGUGAAAUCCCACUAGAAAGCCCCUCAAAGCGUCGAAUCCGAGCCCGACCCAAGCACUUUGCCAAUCCGGGAAACUUCAAAGGAAUGGGAAUGGGGAGAUGUUCCGUGUAUACGGAUCUUGAUGAGGAGAACGAGGUGGAAGCAGGAACGAGGGUUGUGGAGUGUAUCGGCUGUUCGACUCGCCUCGUCGUUCCCCUAUCGAACAGCCCAGUGAUUCGAUGUGCUGAAUGUAAGAUCGGUUUUUGUUCUCAAUGUGGAUGGGAACCGCAUUAUCCUUUGAGCUGUGAUGUGAAUCGGGAAUGGUGUCGACGUUUUGAUAUUCAAUUGGGAAUGAAGAUUCACGAAGACGACAUCGAAAAACAAUUGAAACGACUUAUUUGUCAUUGUGGAGCGGUGACCGAGUUUGGUGAUAAAAAUUCACAAAAAGUGUGCUCGAUUUGUCACAAAUUGGUGAACGCCCAUCCACGUCGAUACGAGAGAUGGUUUUUCUAUCCGAGAUCCGGCUAUUGGUGGAAAAUUCCGACUCCAGAAACGGACAACGUAGUCCACAAGGAUCCAGUGAUUGAUUCGGUCUACAAGAUCUCUUUGAUUGAUAAGCGAUUUUCUGAGAUGGCAAUUUUGGGGCAUUGUUGGCGAAGGGAUGACAAAAAAGUUAUCAAAUUGCAGCGGGCCAUUAAAAAUUUACCCUAUGCAAAAGGAAAAGAAGCUUUGAAACAGAUCAUUUUCAAGGGACUUUACAUUUUGGAGUACGGUGCAGCAAGGGCCUAUCAGAAUCGUCAAUUGAAGACACCCAAACAAAGGAUCACUUGGGAGAAGCUCCAAAAGUUGCAUGAACAAAUUCGACUGCUUUUAUUGGACGCAAAAUACGUCGACCUCACAUCAAACUGCGUUGAGAACAUUGAAAGCCUUGUCGAUUUCUUGAAAUUUGAU